AUGUCCAAAUAUUCAACAGUACUGCCUUUUCAGUACAGCCAUUCUACCAUAACGGCAGACCCUCUUCAUGUGCCUAAACGCCAAUCUCCAACGAACUCGUCUCCGGGACCAGCUAAUCCCACUCGAGAUGUAGUCAUUGGACCAUCGCACAGAGCAGAAAGUACUAAUGGCCAAGGAAAACAUUCAGAUCUGGAUGAUGUGGAACAACUGAGAAGCAUAGAAGGUUGUGCCAAUGCAUCUGUGGCGAGUUCAUCGGGGUCUGGGACUUCCUGGAGAAGCCAAGGUUCUUCUGGGUCUGCGCAGCAAUCUCCAGACAGCAGUCAAUCACCGGACUUUGCCGAUACCCCUGGAAUAAGACUGAACACUGGACAGCCCGUGCAAGACUUUCUCGUGCGGCGGCGGCUGGAGAGAGGCGAAGGUUCACCAAGUUCAUUUCUUCAACAACCAAUCAAGGAACGGCGAGAGGGGUCUUUGAAGGUCCAGAAUAUGGAUGACACCCUUUCAGACCUCUUUAUAAACCAGCCUUCUUCCAGCAGUGAAUAUAUGGAAGGGGCGAAUCGAGCGCGGGAGGUAACUAUCCCUGAAUCAGCCUCGCCAACAUUCAGCAAUGUGCGUACUCCUUCAGUCCCACUGCGCUCCUCAAAACGAUUGUCUACGUCGACGAGUGACCCAGCCCAUGCUCGACCACAACGAUUGCGAAAUGUUGUUCGGGAAGGCGUCCCACAUCAGAUGGUGUCGGAUGGCGAUGUUCAAUACGAGUAUGUCGAAGGCACAAUCAUGGACACUCGUCCCAGUGCAAAAACUGUAACUGGGGGCAUGAAAGACACGAUACCUGAAAUCGAGGCACAAGAUAUCCAGAAGAUCCCAAAACGAAGACCCGGCACCACCACUGCUCAUGAUUUUGACUAUCAAUUGACACCAGAUUAUUCCUAUUCAGCCACGACGUCAGACUCAGGAGAGUGUGACGGCCCACAAGAUGUGGCAUAUCAAAAGAUUAGCUCUAGUGCUUCCACACCUCUGACGGAUGGUACGGCUUUUGAUGAUUUCAAAUCCUCGUCCCCACGCUCAUUGGGACCAAGGGAUUUCACGAGAGGCACUGCUGAGGGUUCAAGUCGAUAUCUUCCAGCUGCGGAAGCGCCGGUACAAGGCCGAGACGCGGAAAUUGACCGGGCCAGGACACAAGCACUUUCUUCUGGAGGAUCAGAAGUGUCAGAUAUCAAUAGCAACUUAUUGACGAAACGAUAUCCACUAGAUGUCAUUGAUGAGGAAGAAAAGGAAAGUUUAUCAGAUGUUAAGGAUUCUGGCGGAAGGCCUUCCCCUAGUGCUAGUGAGGCUAGCAGCGCAAAAUCCCGUCGUCUGCGCGGCAGGAGCAUCCGAGAAGAGAUCAAUUCUUCACCGACUUCCGACACCCAGACAGUGGGCGAAGAACUCUCAAGCACGGACGUGAAAGUGGGUGUCGAUGCAUUGCCAAAAACACUCGCGGUUUCUGGAAUUGGGGCCGAUAUGAACCUGUACGAAGGUCGAGCUGUCGUUCUUCGAGAAGAGAGGGAAAGUGCGGAUAACCUGACGAGCAGUACCAGCCACGGUAGUUUCAGCCCUAGCGAUGACAGCGGCUCCCAAAGUUCUGCAAGUUCGGGUGUUUUUCACGCAUUGGAAAAUGGGAUCGGCAAGGUGGUUCAUGCUGUCAAAAAGAAGGUGACGUUCAGUCCCAUCGACGAUUUCCGAACAAUCACACCGACGUCAAACUUUCCAUUGGAAGACAAGCCAGACCAGUAA